GGCGCUAACAGGCACACCACCGCAAAGGAAGCGGCUCCUUCACGGUGUUAGAAAACCUCCGUCCCUCACGACUCCCGAGGAAAAGCUGCAUCAGCUGUUUCGCUGCUGUCCCGGAUCAGACGUCCCGCUGCGGCUUCAGCUGAACUUCAGCCUUCGCAGGGUUAAUUAUUGCUUCAUAUAAUCAGAGUCGGCGAACAUCAGUGCACGCUGUCACUUACACGGUGUGAGUCCGCAUCGCCUGCGUUAACUUUUCUGCACCGACCACGAGCUGAACAUGAACCCCAGCAGCGGAGCCCGGAGCGGGAAGACUUUCCUCUUCACAUCCGAGUCUGUUGGAGAAGGACACUCUGAUAAAAUGUGCGAUCAGAUCAGUGAUGCUGUGCUCGACGCGUACCUGAGUCAGGACCCUGACUCUAAAGUGGCCUGUGAAUGUGUGGCGAAGACGGGGAUGAUUCUGCUGGUUGGAGAAGUGACAUCUAAGGCCAUAGUGGAUCUGCAGUCAGUCGUCAGAAAUACUGUGCAGAAGAUCGGCUACGACGACUCCUCAAAAGGUUUUGACUAUAAGACCUGCAACGUGCUGGUGGCUCUGGAGCCGCAGUGUGUGGAGAUAUCCGACUGUGUGUUUGAAGGCAGGGAUCAGGAGGACAUCGGAGCAGGGGACCAGGGUUUGAUGUUUGGCUACGCCACAGAUGAGACGGACGAGUGUAUGCCCCUAACCAUCCUCCUGGCGCACAAACUCAACUACAGGAUGAAGGAGCUGUCACGUAACGGAGAGUGUCCCUGGAUACAACCAGACUCCAAGUCCCAGGUCACGGUGGAGUACAGAGACAACAAGGGAGCCAUGGAGCCGCUGCGUGUUCACACUGUGGUCAUCUCCGUCCAGCACAGCCCUACCAUCACCCUGGAGGAGAUCAGGCGCAAUCUGAUGGAGAAAGUGGUGAAGGUCGUCAUUCCUGCCAAGUACCUGGACGACAAGACCAUCUACCAUCUGCUGCCGAGCGGGAAAUUCCUCACGGGAGGCCCACAGGGGGAUGCAGGACUCACAGGACGUAAAAUCAUAGUGGACACCUAUGGAGGAUGGGGCGGGCACGGGGGAGGGGCUUUCUCUGGUAAGGACUACUCCAAAGUGGACCGGUCCGGGGCGUAUGCUGCACGCUGGGUCGCCAAGUCUUUGGUCAAAGCCGGACUGUGCAGGAGAGCCCUCGUCCAGAUCUCCUAUGCCAUCGGCGUGAGCCAUCCGCUCUCCAUCUCAGUGUUUCACUACGGCACAUCGAACAGGGAUGAAGACGAGCUGCUGCAGAUAGUACAGAAGAACUUUGACCUGAGGCCUGGAGUCAUUGUGAAGGAGCUGGGUUUGAAGCGGCCAAUUUACCAAGCCACCGCCUGCUACGGUCACUUUGGCAGAGCGGAGUUCCCCUGGGAAAAACCUAAACCUCUGGCGUUUUGAGUCUGAGCAUCGAGCACAUUCCAGUUGUGUCUUAAUAAUCAGCUG